AUGGAAGAGAUAUUAUUGGAGCCUGUGUAUUCGCCGGUAUUCCCCCUUGAAAAGAACUUGGAUAUUCCCAAAGAUGCCCAUCCGUUGGCACACACAGGCUCCCUACAGGUCUACAUACAGCUUGCAGAACCGGUUAUAUUUCUGCAGGGGUUCAACAGUCAUCAAUGGGAUGAGCGACCUCCUGGUUUGUUACGUGGGUCACUUAUUAUUCGCGUGUUGAAGUCUGCGAAGUUAAAAUCCAUCAGUCUGAGCUUUGAGGGUAUCUGUCGGACUGAGUGGCCAGAGGGUAUUCCUCCCAAGAAGCAAGAUUUCUGUGAGAUCAAUGAUAUAGUGAAUCAUACAUGGCCCUUUUUCCAAGCGGAGGAUCAGCCGGUGUUGAAUAAUCUUAGUUUUGACCCAGAUGAUCUGGUUAGGGGUUCUAACGCUUCUCAAUACCGCCCUCUUCCGACGGCAGCGGACAACUCAACCACGUCAAUGCUGACGUUGAAUCCUACGCUGUCGGUGGAUCAGCAGCAGCCAAGCUAUACCCAUCUUGAAACUCCAAAGUUGUCGCCACAUUCACAAUCGACUAGAUCAUUAUCUCCGGCUAGAUUUUUGAAGAAAAAGGGUUCGUCAGAGCUUCCAAAGGAGAUGCGUUCCAGGUCUAAUGGUAACAUUUUCAGCGAACUGCUGUCUGCUACGUUGCCUAACGGUAGUGACAGUUCUACUUGUAGCAAAAGUUCAGCUACAGGCAACUGUUUAACGCAAGCAACAGACCAUUUCAUCUUCCAUCCAGGAGAUUACGUUUAUUCAUUUGAACAACCGAUACCGGUGUCGACUCCAGAAUCAAUAACGGCUACUUUUGGGUCCGUGGGCUAUUUUUUAUCCGUUACCGUUGAACGGGUAGGUGCCUUUAAACCGAACCUUCGUACAAAGCUUCCCCUCAGAUUGGUUCGCACCUUAUCUCCCAAUUCCGUUGAAGAUACCGAACCCAUAUGUAUAUCACGUGAUUGGGAAGGAAGGUUGCAUUACGAUAUCGUAAUUGCUUCCAAAGAUAUUGUAUUGGAUGCUUUUCUACCGAUUGCAUUGCGUGUGACACCACUGGAUAAAGUUAUUCUUCACCGUACUAGGGUCUACCUGACAGAAACUCUAGAAUACUAUUGCAGGUCAAAAAAAGUUCAUAGACUAGAACCUACUAAAAAAUUUCUAAUUGCAGAACAUAAGGCUGCUCCAGUAAAUGGCCUGACUCAAGCUUCUGCCGGUUUGAGGGCCAAAAACCUUGGAAAUUUGUUAGAGGAUGAGCAUGGUGAUAUCGUAAAUAAGGAAUUUGACUACCAAGUUUUCAUUCCAGAGAGGUUAAAUUACCAACAACGACUUCAUCCAGAUACUUCAUAUCAAAACAUAAAAUCGAGUCAUUGGUUGAAGAUAUGUCUUAGGUUGUCUCUUAUGGUAGAUGGAACAAGAAAGCAUUACGAAAUAAGUGUUGAUACGCCCAUUCAUGUAUUGCAUAAGCUUUGUUCUCAUGCUAAUACCCUCCUCCCGAGCUACGAUAAUCAAGCUGUUCCUGGACCGGACUUUUUUGACUUUGGCACAACUUCAGCAAAUUUAUAUCAUGAUUCAAAUAUGUAUUUCCCUAAGGAAGUCGUAGAAUCGCCUAUAAUUUCAUCUGAAAUGGAGCCUUUGGAAGACCGAAUCGGUCUUUCUCCCAGGUCAUUGACACCAGUUCAACACAACAAGUCUAGUCAGCAUAUGCUUUAUCAUAAAGGGUUAUCGAAGGACGACAGCCCUCCUUGUGAUGUAUUGAAGUCACCAGUGCUGAAAUCGAAUAUAUACCAGCCAGAUCAGUUACGUGCAGAACUUGUUUCCCCCCAAGCAAUACCGUUAUCACCUAUUUCUUCUCCAACUCUAAGGGCACUAAAUGUUGGUGUUGAGCGUCGUGACAGUGAUAAUUCAUUUGAAUGUGAUACUGCUCCACCGAGUAUAGAUGAUAUACGCUGGUUUAGUCCCCUUCCAAUGGAACCUCCCAGUUAUGAUGAUGUGUUAGAAGAGGAUGGAAUAACUGUAAAAUCACACAAUAUAAAAAGUUCUGCUUUACCAUUAUUUUCUAUUACCAAUGAAGAUAAUUGUGAAGAUGAGGAUAUUGGUGCAGGUGAUGCCUAUUUUUUUAGGAAUGGUUUACAUCCCCCUCUGCAUGUUAAAAACACAUCAUUGAGUGUAGGGGGUUUGCAGAUUACACCCAAUAAUCUUGGAAGACAUAGUAUACAAAAUAAUCUUCCAUCUACCGUUAAAAAUACUAGUGAUUCCUUUAAUGAUCUCGGUGGGCUCUUAAGAAGCAAUGAUCCUGGAAGCGUUGGGCAUAUUUCGGCAACGUCUUCUACCAUGGGAUCAAGACGUAGUUCGAUUGAUGGAUUAAGUGCACAGCCUCUAUUGGAUUCUAAUACACAAGAGGGAGAACAACAAGUGGCACAUGAUUCUGCUUUCCAUACUGCUAUGUUUUCCUACAGUCGUGAUUCAAUUGCCCAAUAUAUUAGUACUUCUUGUGAUGAAUCAUCUGUUGAUAUUACGUCCUUUUACGAUCGUAAUAACGCAGCAUGGCAUCCGUUCCAACGACAUAUAUUCAAUUUACCCAGUUUAUCAACGUACUAUAAUUCAAAUCCCGGGAGGAGGAACCAUCAUACUGAAGAACUUCAGGAAAGUACAGUUAGCAACACCUUAAAGGAUUCUGAAGAGCAUCUUCGUUCAAUGGAGGAUAAAAACUCACAUAAAAGUCUUUCAACUAAUAGUCCCACUAUAGGUGUGUUCUACCAUGAUGAAUCUAACCGCCAAUAUAACGGUACAGUUGACAAAGAUGAAAAUUAUAAUGAGAGUGAUGAUCCUUCUUGGAGAUCGGCUUUAAAAGUGAAACCACACUCUUCUCCCGAUGAUGAUAUCGCAAUCUAA